AUGCAUGAGUCCAUUCGUGCUUUUGAGGUGAAGCUCAAACUUUUUGAACGUCAACUAGCAGCGAAUAAUGCUGCACACUUUCCUACACUGAAAUCAUUGCAAAGCACACCUGAGUUUCGUGGAAUUAUCAGCAGAGAAAAGUACUGCAACAUGAUUUCCAAGUUACUGAACGAAUUUGGAGAAAGAUUUGCAGACUUAAAGAACCUUGAGAGUGAUUUCUCGAUCUUUCGAAAUCCUUUCGCUGCAAAUCCUGAUGAGACACCAGAGGAUAUUCAGUUAGAACUAAUUGAUCUUCAGUGCGAUUCUGCGUUGAAGGAAAAGUUCUCAAGUGUUGAUAUUGGUACAUUCUAUCAAUAUGUUGGGCCAAGAUAUCCUCGAAUCAAAUGUUUGGCAUCAAAGAUUAUGUCAAUGUUCGGCAGUACCUAUGUCUGUGAGCAACUCUUCUCACUGAUGAACUUGAACAAGUCUGGACUCAGGUCUCGGCUCACUAAUGAACACCUCAACUCAACACUGAAAGUAGCCAUUGCUCAGUCUCUGGCGCCAAACAUAGACGAACUUGUACAGACCAAGAGGUGCCAAGUUUCUGGGAGCAGCACGACCAGGAAUUAA